UAAAAACAAUGUUAUGUAUUUGGAACGGAUUCUUAUUCUUAUAUUGUAUUGUUAUGUAUUUUUUAUUUUUGUAAUUUACUGUGGAAAAAACUAAAUUUGGCCUUUUCUCUGAAAAUCUUGCGUCGUAGCGUCACAGAGACCAGCGUAACACGUCAUGACGCAACAACGAUCCCGGAAGUUGCGCAGGGUUACUGUAGUGUUUACAUUUUUCUCUUGGUCAGGUGUUUAAAAAAGCAGAAAAUGCCCAAAAAGCGGCCUGGGAAGCACAGCCUGAAGACUACCGUUGAGCAGCAGUUAGCAGAGGUCGCUAAAGAGAUCUUGCGGCUGCUGCAGGAGCGCAGCCAGACCGGCCUGGACGAGCUAAAGCAGCUGGUGAUGAAGCGGAUCACCGCGGCCGUGGAGCUCAUCCUCACCGCCUUCGAGGUCAGCAGAGCGGCGGAGAAACCGCAGGACCCUGAAGCCUGUCCGGGAGUUGGUCCCGCAUCAAAGUUAAGAGAUUUCUGCUUGUCCGUCAGCCUUUCUGAUGGCAAAAGUCUGAAACCGGAUGUUGCGGUGAAGGAACAGCAGAAGGAGACCAUGCAGAACACGUCCUCCAGGACAGAGACGGCCCACGGACUGAAGCACCAGCCCGCCUCUCCAGAAGAUCCACCCGCAGACGAGGACAUCGGUUCGGCAGAGGGAUCAUCUCACAGCUGCAGAGUGUGUGGACAGUUGUUCCAUGGGAGAGGUUUUCUGCUGAAGCACGCAGAGAAACACUCCAGCGAAUCCAAGUGUGUCUGUGGUGUGUGCGGGGAAGGUUUGAAGCCCGGCAACAGCCUGAGACAACAUCUCCAAAGCCACCGCGACACCAGCAGGACGUGCAACAUCUGUGGCAAGAAGUUCCCGUCGAUCAGAGCGCAGGAGACCCACAUGCGACUGCACACCGGGGAGAAACCCUUUAACUGCCGGUUCUGCCACAAGGGUUUCAACCAGAAGGGCAAUAUGGUGACUCACAUGAAAACUCACACAGCAGAGAAGCUUUUCGCGUGCACGGUCUGCGAUGAAGAGUCCAGCCAUAGCAGCUCCUCGGAGCGGCACAUGAAGGCUCAUGAAGAGCAGAUGCCAUUCAGCUGCACAGUCUGUGAUGAAGGCUUUCAGACGAGCGCGGAGCUGAGGCGGCACGUCCAAAGCCACAACCAGCCGACCAAAAGAGCCAAACGCAGGAAACCAAGCCUGACCCCUUCUCAUUCCUGCAAGGUCUGCGGGAAUUCCUUUCACAAUAAGGGCAACCUGCUCCGGCACGCCGAGACACAUUCAGACGACCCCGACUUCCUUUGCGGUAUUUGUGGGGAGCGCGCCGACUCUUUGGAGAGUCUGCAGCUCCACCUUCAGAGUCACAGAGAAACAAGCAGGGUCUGCGAAAUCUGUGGCGUCAACUUCCGAGACAUGGAGAUCCACAUGAGGACGCACACCGGCCAGAAACCCUUCAGGUGCAAAGACUGCGGUAAGGAAUUCCCCAGGAAAGGUUCCCUGGAGAGACACAUGCGGCUGCACGCUGGGGAGAGGCCUUACAUCUGCGAAUUCUGUGGAAAGACCUUUAUUGAAAACACCGUCCUGAAGAGGCACAUCAAAAGCCACACGGGAGGAAAACCCAGGAUUUACCCCUGUGAGGUCUGUGGCAAGAAGUUCACCAUGAGCCAACAUCUAGAUGUCCACAAGAGGAUCCACACAGGGGAGAAACCCUACACCUGCAGAGUCUGCAACAAGAGCUUCAGACAGAUCGGCAAUCUGGACUCCCACAUGAGGAUCCACACCGGCGAAAAGCCCUUCAUCUGCAGCCUUUGUGGCAAAAGGUUCCGGCAGAAGAUCUCACUGGAGACGCACGAGAGGUUCCACAAGAAGGAGAAAGCGUUCAUCUGCCAGCUCUGCAGCAAAGGCUUCGUCCAGAAGAUCGACCUGAAGAGACACAUGCUCACGCACACCGGCGAGAAACCGUUCAGGUGCGAGGUUUGUGGGAAGAGCUACCAAGAGAAGCGCUCUCUGGACUCGCACAUGAAGGUGCACAACGGAGAACCGACCUCCAAGGGGAUCUCUGUGGCUCCCGGUGGGACCCGGCCGCAGGAAGAAGUUCACCCCGAUUUCAUUCAUCCCACUGGGACCUAAGAAUGAAGUGUGGCAGCGCCCCCUGCUGGUGUCUCAGGACAUUUGCCUAAAAACUUGGACAAGUUCUCGUCUCUUAACACGUCAGCGAUAUCCAAAAGAAAUUUUGAAAUUAUUAUGGGAUGGCCAUAGGAUCUACGGCUUGGUGGCCAUUGGGUGGUAGAGUGUGAAACUUGGGGAUGUUCACAUUUUUUGCACAACAUGCGGGGAAAAAAUUGAUUUGAGCAAUUCUCACAAAAAUUGGCACACCUACCACCAGCUUAAGACUACAACCACAAAUGUUGACCUUUGACCUCAGGAAUAAAUUUAUUUUCUUGAACCCUCCCCUCCAAAAAUAACCUUUAGUACCUACUACAACAUUAAACCCCCUCUCAGGGAUUUUGAUUUAUGACUUCAUAACUCCAGGAGCAUCAAAUGUUAACAAUAAAGUUUUACGGUUUUGAAUAGCGUUAGAGUUGCGAGCUAGCAAAAGUUGCUCCCACAUUUUUUACUGUGGAAACUAAAUACGUGAAUCGUUGGCUCGAGCUGAACGAAACAAUAUAAUGUACGAUGUGAACAUGAUAGGAAUGUGGGUGUGGUUAACGAAAAACAUCAGUUGCCAAGGAAAUCCCAAAAUUUAUUUUAGCAGAUUCUUCUAAAAAUGACACCGACUUGUUCUUCACCCCAAGGAGACCAAAAACUCAAAUGGUUGCUAUGGAGAUAGAAAAAUCCAACAGAAAUGCCAACAUUUUGAAAAGUUUUUUUUUUCCAUUAACAUUUCAUGUGCAGCUCUG